UCUGGCAACCCUGACAAAGUGAUCGAAGGUCGUGGAGGCAGCAUCUCCGUUAAGCAACUCUUUAAGAAGAUGGCAGGGAGACCCGAAAUCGAAUUCGACAUUGAACGUGCAAAGGAAAUGUUAAAACUCCAGUUUACCAUAGCAGAUAUAGCGAGGGUUUUUGGAGUGAGUCGUACAACAGUUUACAGACAUCUCAACCGUAAUGGCCAUGAACCUUCUAAGUAUACAGAUAUCACUAAUCAAGAACUAGAAAUGGUUGUCGAUGAAAUUAAGAAGUCUCACCCUAAUGCAGGCGAGGCGUAUCUCAUGGGUCAUCUCAGAUCAAGAGGUAUCAGAAUUCAACGUGCACGCCUUCGGAAAGCAUUACAAGCUGUCGACCCAACUGGGGUACAGAGAAGAAGAUUGAGAACUAUAACCAGACAAAUUUAUUCUGUUCCAUGCCCGAACUACCUCUGGCAUAUAGAUGGGACACACAAAAUGAUUAGGUGGAAGUUUGUCAUACAUGCCGGCAUCGAUCGAUUUUCCCGAUUGAUUACUUACCUGCAUUGUAGUGACAACAACAAUGCUGAAACUGUGUCGAGAUUAUUUGAGUCGGCGGUUGACCGGUAUGGUUUGCCUAUACGAGUGAGGUCGGAUCAUGGUGGUGAAAAUCAAGGUGUUUGGGAAAAAAUGUUUGCAGAAAGAGGAGAAACAAAUAACCCCGUCAUUAUUGGGUCGUCUGUCCACAAUGAACGCGUAGGACGAUUAAAUUACGAUAUAAAUAAUCAAGUAGUUUCUUAUUUUAAAUGUAUUUUUGAAGAAUUAGAGCGCGAUGGUUUGCUAGACCCCGAUAACGCCACUGAUUUAUUCUGUCUUCAUUAUGUUUUCCUACCGAUAAUCAACAAACACCUACACGAGUUUGAAGCGUCUCAUAACAACCACAAUAUCUCCACCGAGGGCAACCGGACACCAAUCCAACUGUUUUACAGUAAUCAACAUUUGAUACAACUUCAAGAAAAUCAACAACACACCGAAUCUAUAUCAGCAAAGGAGCUACUUAACCUUAAUUUAACAUAUGUAAAUGUAUAUAGUGUCGGAUGCCCCUUAACCCGUGAGCAGCUUGAUGAGCUUGAACGUGAUUAUCCUCAUGACAGUGAUAUGGAUGCAAAAGAAAUGUAUAAAUCUGUUGCAGAUUACGUUUCUGAGCAUCUGCACUAAAUGUAUGAAAUACUCUAUUGUAAUAUAUUCAUAUAGAGUACAUUUCUCUCAUCAUUAUGUGUCAAUUUAGGCAUAUGUUAUUUAAUUAGUUAUUUGUGUACAGUCUUAAUGCUUUUGUAAUACGAAACAUGUUUAUACACUCUGUAAUUGGUGUUUAUGAAUAAAUAAUUGAAUUAAAUGGCUAUAAAUGUACAAAUGUCUUCUUUCUUUCUUUGCUUGAUUUUAUUGUUUUCCAUCUCUUUUUAUCUUGUAUGGAAACGUCUAUGUAUUUUCUUUGUCAACAUUUUAUGAAAUUCCUUUUUUGAGGAUGAAUAAAUGAUUUUAAUUUUGAA